UUUCGUUCUGCCACCUUCCCACAGCCUCUCUCCUCUUCUCUCUUUCCCUCUCCCUUCUUCGCUUCCCUCCUCUCUCGCUCUCUCCGUCCCUUCCUCCCCCCUUUCGAUUUAAGGAAGAACGAAGCCAGAGAGGAAGAAAGGGUGGGAAUCCACUAGGACUAAUGGAGGGUUACUUAGGGUUCUGACGCCUCUUCCUCCGCGGAUCUGGGUUUGGUCUUCUCUUGCGACAUCUCUCGAGGUGGGCUGGGCGUUGUGGAGAUGGCUUUCUAUGUCUCCGAGGUUCGGAUUUGGUGGAUGGUUGAUCUGGUAUAGGGUUUCAGAUGUCUGCUUGUGUGAAGCUUGGAGAGAGGGUUUUGGAUUCCUCUGCGUCUGGGAUGAGUUCUCCGGCUUCAAGGAAGAUGGAGAGAAGAAAUCAGCCUCCUUUGCAUUGGUCGAUAGCUCAGCAUGCCUUUGCCGAGUAGAUACAGGCUUGAAAACCGUUGCUGGGGCUAAGAAAUUUGUCCCAGGAUCCAAGCUCUGCAUUCAGCCCAGCAUCAAAGCAUCUAUCCAUCCAUCCAAGCCCAAGGCAGCACGAGGAGACCGAAACCGCAGUCAGUCUCCUUUGCUACCCGGCCUCCCAGAUGACCUUGCCAUAGCUUGCCUGAUCCGUGUCCCGCGAGCUGAGCACCACAAGUUGAGGCGAGUCUGCAAGAGAUGGUACCGUCUUUUGGCUGGCAACUAUUUCUACUCCCUCCGCAAAAGCCUUGGAAUUACAGAGGAAUGGGUCUAUGUCAUCAAAAGGGAUAGGGAGGGUCGGAUAUCUUGGGAUGCCUUUGAUCCUGUAUACCAGCUCUGGCAUCCUCUGCCACCCAUUCCAGGAGAGUACUCUGGAGCCCUUGGAUUUGGGUGUGCUGUCCUAAGUGGCUGCCAUCUAUACUUGUUCGGGGGUAAGGAUCCACACAAGGGGUCCAUGAGGCGGGUCAUCUUCUACAGUGCCAGAACUAACAAGUGGCACCGGGCACCUGACAUGCUGCGGCGGCGGCACUUCUUUGGCUCCUGUGUGAUAAACAACUGCUUGUAUGUGGCUGGCGGGGAGAGUGAAGGGUUCCAUCACUGUCUGAGAUCGGCAGAGGUCUAUGAUCCGAACAAGAACCGGUGGUCAUUCAUAUCAGACAUGAGCACUGCAAUGGUGCCGUUCAUUGGGAUUGUCUACGAGGGAAAGUGGUUCCUCAAAGGGCUUGGGUCCCAGCGACAGGUCCUGAGCGAGGUGUAUGUUCCAGAAACCGACAGCUGGUACCCAGCAUUCAACGGCAUGGUAAGUGGAUGGAGGAACCCAAGUGUUGGCUUGGAUGGCCGGCUCUAUUCUCUCGAUUGCGAAGAUGGUUGCAGACUAAGAGUUUAUGAUGGGGCUACAGACUCUUGGAGCAAACACAUGGACAGCAAGGUGCACCUGGGGAGUUCUCGAGCUCUAGAAGCUGCUGCUCUGGUCCCUCUUAAUGGGAAGCUAUGCAUCGUCCGAAACAAUAUGAGCAUUACUGUUGUGGAUGUUGCAGGGAAAGACAGUGGGGAUCACCGCUGGGAGACAAUUGCUGGCAGAGGGCAACUCAAGACGUUUCUCACGAAUUUAUGGUCUAAUAUUGCAGGCCGUAGCCGUCUCAAGAGUCACAUUGUCCACUGUCAGGUCCUCCAGGCUUAGAAGAAAGAAAUUCUCAAGAUCCUUGCAGCAAUGUCUCUUUCUUUUGCAUUUCACUUUGCAACCCUUCAGAGCAUGUUGCAUUAGAACAUGUUUGCUGCCAUGCAAAUCCAUCAUCUGUAUUAAUACGAGUUCCCUUGCGUUCAGAAUUAUAUUAAACCAAUAGAAAUAGUAAGUGAUGGGAGUCAUUGAUUGUUGAGAUACCGUGAAGGAUUUAUGGGGCCUUUACCUUUCAAACUUAAGCCUCUUUUGUGGGUUCCCGGCCAUGGACUAUGCUCCUUUCGAGAAGAGACUGCAGAUUCAAUAAUACAGCAUCCAAAU